AUGGAUAUCCCUUACGACCACAUCCAGGAGGAGAUCCUAACCUCCAGCAAAGAGGACGGGUCCUCCGACUCCUCCAACUCCAACCCCAACUUGAAUACCGAGUUCCAAGAGACCUUCCGUGCCUUCUCCGCCAGUCCAUGGGGUACCCGGAUUGGAGGACUUUGGGACAACGUCCGCAAACAGGGCGAGAGCUACUACGAAGGCGCCCGACAAGAAUAUGCCGCAGCUAGCGAGGAGGCUGUGAAGGGCUUCUCCGGCCUGAGAGACACCAUCGCCGAUCGGACAAAGGGGCUGUCUCUCAGCACCGCGACGUUGACCAGUGGCAACGAAAGCUUAAAGGACGAUGCUUCCACACCAACCGCCUCGACGGAGGGGGAAUCUAAGGGACAGGGCGAGGCAAGUGGCGAGGGCUUUAUGUCUCGUUUGAAGGCCGAAGCCGCUCGACGACUCAAGGAAAUCGAAAAGGCCGAGGAAGCGGCUGACGAAGCAAUCUUGCGGUUCGGGCUGAACAUCAGCCAGAAGCUGCGCGAGGCUGUCAGCAUUGUGCCUCCUGAAGCGGACGAGUCGGGCAAACUUCUUUUUGAGAGUAAGGAUGCGGAUGGCAAGCGGGUUAUUCAUGCCACUCGGUUCGAUGCUCAGCUACACGUCAUUCACUCGAACUUGGAGAGCUUUACCAAGGACCCUGCCAGCGACCAAUUCUCGGAAUUUAAUAAGAACUUCAGUGUCGAUGCCAAAACAGACGAGAUCGCUUCUCACCUGGAGAAGUACCCCGAAUUGCGAUCUGCCAUGGAGAAGCUUGUUCCUGAGACGGUGGAAUAUGUGGACUUCUGGACUCGGUACUACUUCCUGCGACUUGUCAUUGAGACCGAGGAGCAGAAGCGCAAGGAACUCCUGAAGGGUGCCAACGCUGAUGAUGAAGAGGUUGGCUGGGAUGAUGAUUCUGACUCGGAAUCCGGGUCUCCUGCUACUCCCCAAGUCCGUGCUGGAGCUAAAAGCCUCGCCCCUGAAGCCCAGAAGGCUGAACCUCGCCGAUCCAACGACCAGCAAUCCCAAGCUGAUAGCGAAUCAAGCUACGAUGUCGUGAGCGGAGCUGCUAGUCGGGCCCCUAGUUCACCGAAAGAGAAGGGCUCAACUACCAACUCGAAAGCAGAGGACAGCGAUGAGGACUGGGAAUAA